GGCCCCGGAGGUGCCGAGAGAUGGAUUUGCUCUUAAGUAAAGCUGUGCAGAAACUGGGAAGUGCCGCAUCGGAGCUUUUGAAUUUGGACCACUUGCAGUCCUGACAUUCAGAAUCUCAUCCCUAUGGGUGGCAAAGACAAAGAGGCUGGAUGCAAAGGAAGAAGCAUGGUAAAGGCAGCAUCUCUCUGGGAUUCAUGGGCUCUUUGAGAGAUGAUCAGAGGGAGGCCAGAUGACCUGCACAACACACAGAGCACUGCUUCUCCUCUGCAAAGGCAGCAUCGGAGCGUUCUCCCCAGCCCCGCGCCGCCCGGCUUGCCCGAUCGUUUCCGGAUGUUUCGUAGCUGCGAGUGGGAAGUCCUGGAGCGAUCCCUCAAUAUCCUCCAGGCCAGUGACUUCUACUGGGGCCCCUUGUCCGUGGGGGAGGCCCACGCCAAGCUCCAGCGGGAGCCUGUAGGCACCUACUUGGUGCGGGACAGCUCGCAGGGGAACUGCUUGUUCAGCCUGAGCGUGCGGAUGCCCACGGGGCCCGUCAGCCUUCGGAUCUCUUUCCAGGAGGGCUAUUUCCGCCUCAAGAACUGGUUUUCAGACUGCGUGGUCCGGCUGCUGGAGCUGGUGGUGGCAGGGACCCGGAACAACCCCUUGCACUUUGAUGAGAUGGGGGGAACUCCCCUGGUGUUCUCUGAGCCCCUGUGCCGGAGCCGCCGGGCAGUGCCCACGCUGCGGGAAUUGUGCUGCCGGAGCCUCCCUGCUGGUGCCGCGACAGAGGACAGAGCAGGGCUGGGGGGCUCCUUGGGAAUGUGUCUGAGGGAAGAGGUGUUCUCACCCCUGGACAGAAGGGGAGGGUCAGAGGGGAGCGCUGGCCCCAGCCCCUCUCUGUCCUGGGCUAGGAGAUGAUGGAUACAUAUGGGAGAUGAAAGGAGAUGCCUCUUUUAUGGCUGUGCUGGUGGGAUGUGUGCCACACCAGUGAUGCUGGACUGGCUGCUGGGAGAGGAAGGGGGAGGGCAGAGGGAGCAGAGCUUGAACCCAGUGGCUGUGACAGAUGUGUCCUCGUACAUACACAGUGAGUGUGACUUUCCCAGAUGUGCCUGGGGUAAAGCCAGACCUAAAGAGCAGACAUUGCCACUGCCACCAAGUCCUGCUCUUUGCUCCAUUUAUAACUUAAAAGCUUCAGAAAAAAAGGUGAGCUGCCCAUCUUCCCAGGUCCACCCUGUGUUCUCUUCUACCCCAAAGUGCUUGAGCUCAUUCCUGCCUCAAAUCUGCCCUGGUGGAGUGCAGCUGAGUCCAGUCCCACAGCAGUGCAGCUUGGACAUCGAUGGGCAUGACCCUUGUGCUGACUCACGAAGCUGUGGUGGAGCAAGAGCAUGUUUCACUCCCUGCAGUACGAAUGUGAUGCCUGUUACUUCAGAGGCCGGUGUUUGCACCAAGUGAGACCAUUGCAGCCAUGUAUGAUACAUGCAGCUUCACUGGCUUUUGCAUUGCUUUAUUCAAUUGGAUUUUUGGAGAGUGAAGAUGGGUUAUGCUGUACUUAAGGGCAUGGCAGAGAUAACCCUGGUCUGGAGAGUUAUAUCUGCCCUGGGAGGGUGUGAAGAGAUGGGAUCCUGCACCCUUUCUUAAGCUCAUGUGAUAGUGUGCUGCUGCCAUCUGUCGAGCAUCAGAAGAUGUUUUGGUUUUGCCUCUGAAAGGCAAGGAAUUUUUUAUAUAAAACUUCUAAAAUUUUAAUAAAAUUUUUAUAUUGAUUUUUAAAAGUCAGUGAAUACUUGGUGAUAACUUCACUCCCUUCUAAUGUUAGAAGCCCAGUUAGUUUAGUGCCCAGGCUUGGAAAUCAAAGUGAAUUAAGUGAAUUUCUCAUAAAGAACACAAGCAGAACAUAAAUGAGUGGUCCUAGCUGGGAACAUUAAACUUAAAUUCAUCUUGUAGUGUAAUGUAGUAAAGAAUUGUCUAAACAGAGAAACUUCUGAAAAUCUCAGCCCUACAUUUUUAGAAAGUUUUUUUUAGUACCUCAAAAUUUGUACUGAGUGUUUGAAAAAAAAAGAGUAAUUCAAGAUCUUAGAACAGGGCACAGCAUCAGUGAACUUGAACUGGUGAGUAUGAGUACAAAUGGGAGGAACACAGUUGGCUUAAAUAGGGUCAUGGUUCAUUUCAGGGAUAGUCAGUAUGAUGUCUUCAAAAUAAGUGAUUGAAAACAGCUACAUGAAAGAAGAAAUUCAGAUACUCUAAAAUUUGAGCCAAACUGUUUUAUAGGCUGCUAAGCAUCCAUAGCUGGGCAGACAGCCUGCUUUGCUCAUGCUGACUUUCCUCUUCAGACCUGUACGGAAGAAAAAAGCUGAACAGGGAAAGAGAGCACACUGAAUUUGCUCUAUUGUCUUCAGCUGUUUUAUCUGAGGAACUAAAGUGUGUGGUCAGCACAGAGGGAGAUACAGGCUGUGAUUCAUCACAGGAGCCUAACUUAGACACUCUGAAUUAUUCUCUGGAGGGCUUUGUUGCCCUGCUGGCAGAGAGGUGCCUGGCUGCCUGUGUCAGGGCAUUGGCUUAUCAGCCAAGGUAGUUAGAUAAGUGUCAGGGAAGUGGUGAUCUUGUCCUUGCUGCAUGCUCCUUCCAGCUGCAGGGAGGCCAGAGGCAGCUCGGUGCCCCUGCAGUUACUGUGUCUCAGCCCAGUGCAAAAGCAGGAGCUGGGAUUGUUCAUUUCUGCAGGGUGUGUGCCCUGGGGUGGGCAUAGUGCUGCUUGCUGCCAGCAUCUCAGGUGGCUCUGGGCACCUCUGGGACCGUUCCUGGGCUCUUGGGUGAAGGCCCUGCCUCAGGCACACAGGCACACAGCUGCUCUCCCUCUCUCCCUCUCUGCCAUGGAGGAGUGGGACUGGAUCUGCUGGCCCAGGCAUCAUGUCCACCCCUCGAUCCUUUGCUUUCUUGAAGGUGUCUGCUGAGGUGCCUUGGCUCCCUUCCUGCCUCCCUUCAGAAAGUAGGGGGGUGGAGGAGCAGUAUAAUUUCUUCCAUGUUUAGAACUGAGCACAGGAAUGCUUCUGUUUUCUGGCCACGGUAAUACCUCGCUGAGGGAAGAGCUUUCUGACGGUAUUGCUGUGACCUGGCUGUGAACUGCUCUCAUUUGGCCGCAAAUGAGCAUCUUGGGUUGUGCAGCUGGGGGCUGCAGAGAAGCCCUAUUUGCAGCCUGGAUUGCACUUCAGGAAAAUCACA